CGGGGGGCGCAGCCCCCUGGCAUCAAAGUAAAUAAAAGAAAGAAACGGCCAGCCCAAUAUUUAGCUCUGUACGUUACAACUUAGAAUCCAGCCUUGCACGUAACAACCCAGAAUCCAGCCUUGCACCCAUACGGAAGGGCGCGGCGUGCCGCCCCGAACACUAGUUCCAACAGCACGAUCCUGUCAAUUUCUAUUCCAACAGCACGAUGCUGUUCUGUAUCAAGAGCCACAUCAACAGAUUCGGUCAGCUAAACUUUGGUAAUGGCCUCUUUAGGUACAUCUUCGAGUGGUUGUAUCAGGGGCCUACCUACCUCUAGGAGGUAUGGCUGGCGUGGGUAUAAAGACAGAACAAAUUCCGGCGUGCAAUGCCAGGACUCACUACCUCAUUCUCUCAUAUGCAACAUUAGCUCCUCCAAGAAACUACCAGCAUCAUUCCCUUAUAUAGCAUCCUUACUCAAUUGCCUUCCAUUACUCCCAACCCAAGACGCCAUUGGGCCAGUAUUUUCCGCUUGUCACUGUCGUGAUGGAUGCUCUCACAUAUCACCAUGCGGAUGGUGCACAUGAGGCCGGCAUGGCUUUAUGGCCAGAUGAGCAGAAGUUUCAACCCCUACCGGCCAACGUCAGUCCUCUGAUGGAGACAACUGUUUGGUUUAAUCCUUACAUAAACGCACAAGCUGCGGUUGGUGUAUUGUCCUCUGAGCCUGGCUUUACCAAUACCUUGGACUUCCAGGGCUUCAAACUGGAGGGUCUAAACACUCCCCAAAAAGACCAGGGGCACCAUGCAUAUCCCGAUGUUCCCGGCGAAACGGGGUUGCACGAAAGCGGCGGCGGCGACGACUUGUUGAACAGGAACGGUGUCAUCGAACAGCCGGACUUUAACACAGCCAACAAUGCCCAGGUCUUUAGCCCACUAUCAUCUCAGUCCGAGGUCCCUUCUCCCUCAUUGGGAGCUCGCCCUUCCGACGUUGAUCUGGUGAAAAGUCCAAGCACUCACGGCCGCCGGUAUAUCUGUCAGCCCUGCUCGUUCUCUUCCAACAUCAAGCGGGACUUUAAGCGCCACCAGAAUACGCGGAAGCAUCAGUCACAUGUGAUGAGGAGCAUGGCUACUUUGGAUGUAACCGGUAAGCCUUCCUCAAGCGCAACAGGUUGGCCCUGUCCCGUUCAGAAUUGCAAAUUUUCAGAUACGAGCAUGAUGUUCACGCGCGAGGAUAACCUCAUGAGACACAUUCGGAAGGAACAUGUACAUGGCACUGAAGCCAAAAAGCAAAUGCAGGAUUGAAUGGCAGGGGAAUUGGCACUCAGAGAGGGGAAAGGGGGUCGACCUCUCAUGGAGUAUGGUACCUAUAGUUUUUGGUGGUGACUCGUCUGAUCUUUAUCUUCUUCAUCUUCAUUGUUUCAUUUUAUAGAGGUACAUUCACUUCGGUUCCUUCCUUCCUUCCUUCCUUUGUUUCACUCUGUAACGCGUACCAGGUACUCUUUAAAUUUGUCCCUUGUCAUUAGCAAAAAAGUCCUUUCGAACGUCACUGCCCCCAUAACUUUUAGUUCAAC